AUGCAACCCACGCUCUACCUCGAGGUCUACGGCGCCAUCAACCCCAUCCCCCCGGCCGCGUCGGGCUCCUACCACGUAUCCCGGGACUGGCGGCUCCGGCUACGGGACGGCAGCAGCCCACGGCAGCACACCCCGCGGUGGGACGCGCGCCUGGGCCAGGGACGGCGUCGCUGCCAGCCGCCACCGCAGUCACGGGAUGGCAACGACACACCACCGCCGCCGCCGCCGACGCAGGACCAGCAGUCGGGCAGCGCGCUGAUGCGGCUGCCGGUCGAGAUCCGGCUCGAGAUAUACCAGCUGGCCUUCAGCCAAGUCCGGUUCCGGUGGGGGUUCGUGCCGCCCAACAAGCCGCUGCACCGCGGCUACGUCGACGGCGAGUUCGUCACGCCCGACGCGGACCUGGCGCUGCUGCGGGUGUGCAAGAGGAUGAGCGGCGAGAUUGGGGACUCGUGGCUGGGGCAGGUGGUGUUUUUUGCCGAGGACCAAACGAGCCUCAUCCACUUCCUCGAUCGCAACCCAAAAACGCGCCGCAAGAUCCGCCGCGUCGUCGUGCGCGAGCACCCAGGCGGCAGCCCGGCACUGACGGAGGACCAACACCCCGGCUGGCGUUGGGACCCGCUCGCGGCGCUGUCGCGCAUGGGCACGACGCUGGACUCGGUGGCGCUGCCCGACGCGCUCGCGGCCCUGCCAGGCCUGCGGCUCGACGUGCUGACGGUGCUGUCGGGCGGGGACCCGUGGAACGACUACCGCACGCUGGACCGGUUCGUGACGCACGGCGUCGGGUUCCGGGUGCUCGAGUUUGUCACCCCGCACAGCCUGAUGCUUACGAGGCGGGGUCUACUGGCCGGCACGUCUCGCCUGUGCAGGCCGGGAGUGGCGGUGGUGCCGCGCGCGCCGCAGCCGGCCGGGUGGGACGUCAAGAUCAGGCAGCGGGACGGGUGGGACGGCAGCGGGGCCGGGGUGCGGCUGUUCCGCCGCGCCGAGUGCGGGCCGCCGGUUGGGCAGCAGAACUCGAGCAGCGCCGAAAAGGCCAGCGUGGCGUCGUGCCCGCGGCCGUUUGAGGUGCUGAACCCGGCGCUGCGGACAGAGUGGGCGAUGCCGACGACGGCGACGCUCGACGGACCGGACCCCGUCGGCGAUAAUAAUGAGAGCGCGCCCGGAUGCGAGCUGGGCCGGGAGCUGCUAUUCGUGGUGCGGCGCGGGCGAGGCGCGAGGGGCCUCCGGGUCCCGCGGGGCAGGGAGGCCAUGGCGGAGGAGUGCGGGUUGCCGCUGUCGCCGUGGGAGCGGCGGCGGCGGCUGGGCUUUGAGCUAUGGGAUGGGAAUGAUGAGGAGGGGGGUUAUGACGGUGGGGUGGGGGUGGGGGAGGAGAAGGAUGAGGAGGAGGAUGAGGAGGCGGAGGAGAGUGAGGAUGAAGAAGAGGAGAGUAACGACGACAACGACAACGACAACGACAACGACAACGACGACGACGACGCGGGCGAGGGUCCGUCCUCGGGUCAGCGGCUCAGCCUAGCCAAGCACCGCUUAGCCACGGAUGUGUUCCUAUACAACUUUAGGUUCAUGUACCCGUACCACGGCCCCAGGAUGGACGCCCUCAUCGGCUACAACGUUGACUACAGCGUCACCAAGGACUGUUGGGGAGACAGGCCCGACGAGCUUGGGACAUGGGGCAUCUUUAGGGAGGUUGAGCCUUAUAUGGCAGAGUAG